AUGAUUACCAGGCAGCUUUCUACAGAUGACACUGAGAGCGAUAUAUUCCUUCUACGAGCGGCGUAUAGCAAGCCUGACGAGCCGAACUCGACAGCAACGCGGCGAUUUGAGGGCUUGGUACCAAGAUUCUCAGCCAAUUUCGCAGGCUAUAUCAUUAUUGCCAUUUUGAACAUUGCAUUGUGGGCCUUGGUACUCACACGGCGGCAAGCAUCCUGUGGAAGCUCAAUCAGUGAGCAGGAACAUUACUACUCCCCGGUUCUAAACUAUACGAAACUGUCUAUAGAGACGCAGAAUAUCCAAGCCAAUUUGUUUCCCAGAAGCUCGAACGCGUUGGCCUUCGCCGCAGCUCCUCCAAGCAAGGAAGUCGACGAAGCAUGGCACAACGUGUCACGCAAUAUGAUUAUCGGGCUCACACGGUCUGAUUUGGCCCGCCUCGGGAAAGAUUCGCACACAGCGGUCAGUUUUAACCCCGAAUGGGAUAUUCCAGGCUCCGAACACCUCUAUCUCGGGGUGUUGGACGUGUUCCACCAGGUGCACUGCCUGAAUAUGCUGCGGCAGAACCUCAUCAUCAACUACGACUAUUACUGGGGCAAGGCGUACGGCUUCCGGCCCGAGGCGUUUCGCGAAAGACAUCUGAGCCACUGCACAUCGAUUCUUCUGCAGAACAUCAUGUGCCACGCUGAUACCGAGGUGGUGACGCACGUGUGGCGACAGGGAAGCCGCGUUCCAUGGCCGGAUUUCGGUGUGAAGAAGCAGUGCAGAGAUUUCGGCGCACUGAUAAAGUUUCGAGACACGAUGGACGUGGAGAAUUCUUGGGACAAGUUUAGACUAUAUACAAAACCUUCAAGUGACGCUGUCGUGCUGCCCGAGGAAGACGGCCUUGCAGAAUUGAGGGCAAGCGCGGAUGAGUUUCGCAAUGGCGAGUACUACAAAGAUCUCCAUAUCAAAGGCUGCAACUCCUAG